AUGGAGCUAUCCCACUCUGCUUCCCCUAAAACCACGCAAAUUCCUACUGAUGAAAAUGCCCUUGAUAGGCACUGUGAAGACAGUAAUAGCAAUGAAGCUAGCAAUCAUAUAGAGAAUGAUAAGGGAACCUUAGUUGAGAACAGCACAAACUGCCAGGCUAAUGAAGACAGUAAUGCUAGUAAUAAAGUAUGUAAUGAGGAAAUACCAAAUACAGAAACAAAGGUGCCUUCUGAGAAACAUAGCAAUAAUAUCCCAGAGUUAAAGCACUGUAGUAAUAGUAAUGAGUCGAAUGUAGGGUCAUUAGAUAGCUCACAGAUUAAGUCUGAGCAUAAUGGAGAAUCAGGAAAAUUACAAAGUUCUUUUGAAGAAUCCUCAGAAUUGAAUGAAGCGGCCAACAAGGAAGAGUCAAAUCAUGAAAUAGAUUGUGAUGUGGACUCAUCAGAAGGAGAAGGUUCUGAAAUGUCAGCAGAUCGCAGAGCUGAAGAUGCAGUUAGUAUAAAUUCAGACACACAUAAUGUGAAUACUAAUGAGCCCUCUCAGGAUAGCAAAGCAAAAAAUAGUGACAUGGUUUUAUUAGAAAAUGAACAUGUGCAAAAAAAACAAAAUAGUAACAACAGGGACACACCAAGCCCUCAAGUGCACGAAAUAGUAAGUGAUAAUGAUGACUGUGUAGUUGAAAAUAAUGUGAAAGCCCCUGUUACAGAAAAUAAGGUGCAAUUGCGACGUAGCAGCAGAGCUAUAAAACGUAAAAGGUAUGAUGAUGAUUUGGAAAAUGGUGAUGGAGAAUCUGAUGUUGAGCUUGUGGCAGAAGACCCUUUGAGGCGCAAAUCUAGACCUAUUGUCAUUAAUGACACUAAAACUUUAGUGCAGAUGGCUGCAAGACAAAUGAAAGCAGGUCAUACGGGACAUCAGAAGAAGGAGCCUACAGUUGUUAUUAUUGACACAAACUCUGGUGGACUAAGUAAACCAAUACCAAUUAAAAAUUCAAUAUCUUCUAGUAGCGCUUUAAGUACACAAAAUCUUUAUCAAAGUAUUGUAGCUCGUGGUACAUCUGUGACACCAAUCAGCAGCAAAACUAAUUCAUCAACACAUAGCUCUUCAUCAAUGAACUCACAACCCAUGAUAUUACCUUCCCUUACAGAUGAUAUGUAUGUUGUUGAAGCCCCAUCUUUUAUUGUACCAUAUGUGUAUGAAAAACCUUCUAUGAAGCCAUUUAGAGAAUUUGUUGAUGAGCUAGGAAGUGAGCUUGAAGAGCAAAAAGCCAAAGAAGAAAAAGAGCAUACAGAGAAGGACAAAGAAGAAAAAGAAAAGGGAGAUGGUGAAGAAGAACCAGAAGUGGAAACAGAAAAGCAGGUCAAAAACGAGCUGCUUGAAGAAGAUGAAAAGAAGAAGAAAAAAGCAGAAAAAAGAGCGGAACGUAGGAGACGCAGAAAUGAAGAUGAUGACGCAUCUUGGGAUGGAGAGAGUUCUACAGAUUCUGACGAUGAAAUAGGUAGUGACGAAGAAGAUAAAACCAUAGUCAUAAAGGAUAAAGCAGAUUCCAUAGAGGAGAUAAAAGAUGUUACUGGUUUGACUGUAGAGAAAGUAGUUACUGGAAAAUCCGACAAUUAUUUUGAUUGUUCACUUGGUAAAUUUUUUAUGAAUAUAGGACUGAAUCUUGUCCAAGAGUUUGUACAAACUGAUUUGCUCAAACAACAAAAUAGGAAACUGUACAGAGAGAAAAAGUCUGGUCAAAGUACAAGAGCUACAGAGACGUCAAUUGCCUCCCUAAUGAAAAAUUUGGAGUUUAGCAAAGAGAACAACGCACCUUACCGAUAUAAACAAAAGAAAUGUGAAUUUUGUAGCUUUAAGUCAGAGUCUGUGCUAGUUAUGGCACACCAUCUAGAGACACCACAUAUGAAAAACAAUGUUUAUAAAUGUAAUUAUUGUACAUUUGAAAUUCGAAGUCCUCAUGAUAUUCUUUAUCAUAUGGAGUCGGAGCACAACGUCCGGGGCAAGUUGGAGAGAGCACCAGCAUAUCACCAAUGUGCCAACUGUCCCUUUGAGGACAAUGGUAAAGGGAAAUUGGCUCGUCAUCUUAUACCAUGUGCUAAGAAAUUCAAACCUGAGGCUAAUUUAGCGCCGCCCGUCGAGUGGGAGCCUCCAGCAAAAAUACCAAAGGUAACGAAGUCGCGCAACAACAACAUGAUGGGCACUUAUCAGAGCGCGUUCCAUCGUGGGCAGGUGGGCAACAACCUGGGCCGGCCUCCGCUGGCGUCUACCGUGACUGGGCCCACUGUUGGGGGUUCGGCAGCGUUCAGAGCUCGUGGCCGUUCCCCGAUGGCGGUGCCUCCUCGCUCCUCAGUGCACGGGACUUCAAUGCUUCGCGGCGGUGUUAUGAUACGGCACAACGCUCCGACACCCGUUCUCAUGCCCACCAACUACCCUGCUGCGAAUAAUGGUAAGAAUGCAGGCAAAUCAAUGCACCAACCUUCGAUCUCGAUUACUCCGCUACCACGUCAGCCGCAGCCCGUGCAGCCUCAACCUUCGCAUCAAAAUAAGAGCUCCUUCGUCAUCUGCGAGAUCUGCGAUGGUUACAUUAAGGACCUCGAACAGCUCCGUAAUCACAUGCAAUGGAUACACAAAGUGAAGAUACACCCAAAGAUGAUCUACAACAGGCCUCCGCUUAAUUGCCAGAAGUGUCAAUUCAGGUUCUUCACUGAUCAAGGUCUUGAGAGACACCUUCUGGGCUGUCACGGACUGGUCACUAGUUCCAUGCAAGAAGCUGCCAACAAAGGAAAAGAUGCUGGGAGGUGUCCAGUAUGUGGACGGGUAUACCAGUGGAAGUUGCUGAAUCAUGUAGCCAGAGACCAUAACUUAACACUGAAGCCAGCUCACUUAUCAUACAAGUGCACAGUUUGCACUGCCACCUUUGGCAUGUACAAACAGUUUGAGAACCAUGUCUAUUCUGCACACAGUGUAGUUGCCAAGCGUGUGAUGGACAAAGGCAAGGUCGCCCCUAACAAGUCUAAUGACUCCUUGCUCAAACCCCUUAAGAUAAAUGAUGAGAUCACUAUCAUACCCCAGCCUGCGAAGCCUGCUGCGCCUGUCAAGGAUAAAUAA